CCAGCCAGAGAACUGCAGGAAAUCUGCACCGGUCCCAAAGGGGGGGAAAAAAAAAAAAAAACGAUGACAGUGUGAAAAGAUCUGCAGCAUCAACCUCCAGAUUGCCUGUCACCUCAGAGCCCAGGAGUUGACAGAGCCGCAGACUCCCAGCCGCAGAUUUGAAAGAAAGCAGAGCUAACAAGGGAAGAAAUCUCAAUUAUUUCUUCUCAUUUCCUGGCUGGGCGUGAAGAGGGAAUUCAACUUCAGUUUCAAGCUGAAGUUCUGGGUUCAGCCACCUCCCCAGAAGGCUGGGAAGCAUGAAGACGCUCUUGCUCUUCCUCUCCGUCUUGGGAGCUGUGGCCGCAGUCCCGACAAAUGCAAGGUUCCUACGUGAUGACUUCGAGCCAACUGCUGACUCCUCGAGUUCUGCCCCACAGGCUGAAAUCUUGGGGACCCCUGCCAGCACUGAAAUUCCCAUUCUAAAUGGUGAAGAUGAAGAAAAUGAAAAGGAAACCUCAGAUUCCUUAGAAGACCAUCUUAAGCAUAAGUCAAAGGAGGAAAGUGACAACCCAGAUGAUCAGGACCCUAGCCACAGCCCGGAGCCUGAAUCAAAGGUUCUGCAGGAAAAAGACGGUGACAUCAGUGAGAAUCUGGAGGAUGCACCCACGGAAGGUACCCUGGAGCUCAGAGAAGACGAGAGUGAGCCUCAGAAGAAGGAACUCCCAGAGAACACCGAUUUCCUGGCUCCUGAUGUUGCUUCUGUGGUAGAUUCUGACCCACACGAAAGCACGACAAAUGCAGAGAAAGCCCAAGAAGAGCCUGUGAGUGACCCACAGCCUCACUCGAACGGGAGCAGCAAACAGAGCCAAGACCUAAGUGAGCCAGACAGUCAAACCCAGGGCCCGAAGAGUUCCAGCGAAGAAAGGGAGGAGGAAAAAGAGUCGGGUGAGGUUGGUGUGAAUCAGGACGACCAGGAAAAGGAAAGCGAGUCUCCCAAGAAGCACCCUGGAACCCCGCAGGGGGAGGAGAGUACCAAGUCUGACAUUGCGGGAGAGUCUGAGCAACCAACUCAAGUAAGCAAGAUGCAAAAGGACGCAGCUGAGCAGGAUAACCAAGAGGAUCCGUCUGACACAGAAGCGGAAGACGAAACUUCAUCAAAAGUCAAAAAGCACCAGCAAGAUUCAGAAUGGCCGAACCAGGAGGAAAAAUCUGGCCUGGAGGGUAUGAGCGACGAAGAGGAGAUGGAGAAAAAGUCGGUUUCUGAGCCGUUGCCCAUCGAGCCUGCGGAUGACGAGGGUGACAUCAUUCCCGGAAACCAUGAGGCUGAUGAUGAUGAAAAUGAUGAUGAUGAUGAUGAAGAAGAAGAAGAUGAAGAAGACGGCCACAGGCACAGUGCAAAUGAGGACGACGCCACCCCGAGCCAGGCCUCCCUGCAGAGUGAAGGAUCUCAGUCCGACUACCACCAUCUCAAAAGUGAAGAACAAAGAGAGCGAGCACAUGAGAAGGAGAACAGUAGUGAGGCUGGCCAGCACCACGGGGCCACCAAGAAAGCAGAGAGCUUGGCCCCUGAGGAUGGAGGCUCAAGUGAAGGCGACUCGAGGCUGCACAGCGCUGAUGUGUGCAUGAACUUCCAGUGUAAGAGAGGGCACAUGUGCAAGGCUAACCAGCAGGGGAAACCACACUGUGUUUGCCAAGAUCCCAUGACUUGCCCUCCUGCGAAACUUCUCGACCAAGUUUGUGGCACUGACAAUCAGACCUACCCUAGCUCCUGUCAUCUGUUCGCUACCAAAUGCAGGAUGGAGGGGACCAAACGGGGGCACCAGCUGCAACUGGAUUAUUUUGGAGCUUGCAAAUCUAUUCCUGUUUGCACGGACUUUGAAGUGGCUCAGUUUCCUCUGAGGAUGAGGGACUGGCUCAAGAAUAUCCUCAUGCAGCUGUAUGAGCCCAACCCCGAACACAAUGGCUAUCUGAACGAGAAGCAGAGAAAUAAAGUCAAGAAAAUCUACCUGGAUGAGAAAAGACUCUUGGCCGGAGACCAUUCCAUUGACCUUCUCUUACGGGACUUCAAGAAAAAUUACCACAUGUACGUGUAUCCUGUGCACUGGCAGUUCAGUGAACUUGACCAGCAUCCCACGGACAGGGUCCUGACGCAUUCUGAGCUGGCUCCUCUGCGCGCGUCCCUGGUGCCCAUGGAACACUGCAUCACCCGCUUUUUCGAGGAGUGUGACCCCAACAAGGAUAAACACAUCACCCUGAAGGAGUGGGGACACUGCUUCGGGAUCAAAGAAGAAGACAUAGAUGAAAAUCUCCUGUUCUGAGGUGGGUCUCGAAUGCACUCAGACUUUCCAGCAUCUGCAUCCGUAUCACCACAUCUGAAAUCCGCACAGCUGUCGGGCUCCCAGAGACUGGCUGGCGAGUGUCUGCCCUGCUCAGAAGACACGAGAGCAACUACUUAGCCAUACUGUAUGCGCCAGGCAUCUAGUAGUACCUGAAAAUAAAACCCAGUCGAUAUAUGCAAAAUGCAGCAUAACUGUUCGUGAACAACCUAACUUAUUACACUCUGCAUCCAUUUACGAGAAAUGUACUAAUCAUGAAACUUGAAAAGCUACGUUCAUUUUGUCUAUAAUACCUGCACAUCAAGAAAAUGCAAUGAGGCUCUUUAAUUGUUAAUGUGUCUUGUUUCCAGUAUCUUAAUAACCUAAUAAAAAUCCAAAUGCGUA